AUGGCACCUAAGAAGAAAGCGAGAAUUGGCCAAGGAGCCAAUGCCACCCUAGGAGUGGCUGAUGAUUCAUUGCUUGAUGUUGCGGAGCAGACUACCCCAGCUCCUACACCUGCGGAGGGCGCCACUAUCCCUCCCGUUGAUACUCUUGUUCUGCCUCCAGCCCCGGCUUCCGAUUCUGAUCACUUCCUGCCUGCUGAGACAAGGGCAGCCCGUGCAGCAGAGUUUGAGAAUUUAAAGCAAGGUAACAAGAGUGUGUGGGAGUACCACAUGGAGUUUGCUCGCUUGUCCAAGUAUGCCAUUCAUAUGUUGCCCACGAGGGAGGCCAGGGUGCGUCGGUUCGUUCAGGGACUUAAUUCUUUAACCAUUAAUGAGGUUUCUACGGCUGCAUUGAAUUCUGAUAUGAACUACGAGAAGAUGGUCGCAUUUUCUCAGGCCACAGAGAGUCGAAAAUUGAAGAACAGAAUAGAGAGAGAGGGUAACAGCAAGGCCCGAUCUACGGGCAACAUGGGAGAGUCACAAGGCGGGGGAAGAUCAGCUUUCAGGGGAGGAUCAUCAGGGCCUUCCCAGUCUAUUGCCCAGCCCGGUCAGGGCCACAGGGGAUCCCAUCAGCGGGGUCGAUCAGGAGAGAGGUCCCAGCAGCAGCAGAGGUCCCCGUGCCCCAGGUGCGGUAAGAUGCAUUCAGGGAUUUGCAACAUGGAGUUACCUAUAUGCUAUGGAUGUGGGAUGAGGGGUCAUAUCCAGAGACAUUGUCGUGUAUCCCGCCAGGGAGCGGGCAGGGGCACAGCUCAGCCUUCCAGUCCAGCAGCUGCUACAUCUUCAGCCCCUUCCCCAGCUCGAGGUUCCCCAGCACCCGCAGGGCGUGGUGCAGCUAGGGGUGGUGCGCAGAGUUCAGGAGGUCCCAGCCGAUUCUAUGCUAUGAGUGGCCGCCAAACUACAGAGGCUUCUCCAGAUCAAAUGGCACCUAAGAAGAAAGCGAGAAUUGGCCAAGGAGCCAAUGCCACCCCAGGAGUGGCUGAUGAUUCAUUGCUUGAUGUUGCGGGUGAGGGUAGUCGCCCUGCAAUUACUCUGCCGGAUCCUUCUAUUCCAGAGCAGACUACCCCAGCUCCUACACCUACGGAGGGCACCACUAUUCCUCCCGUUGAUACUCUUGUCCCGCCUCCAGCCCCAGCUUCCGAUGCACUUAGUCGUAAAUCCAUGGGGAGUUUGGCUCAUUUGGGGGCGUAUCAGAGGCCGUUAGCCAGGGAGGUCUACCAGUUGGCCAGUUUGGGAGUUCGCCUUGCGGACUCUAAUAAAGGAGGGAUAAUUAUACGGAAUAGAGCUGAAUCUUCGCUUGUAGCAGAGGUGAAGGAAAAACAAUUUAACGAUCCAUUGUUAACAUAA